AUGGCUACCCUGCAGGUGCCCGGUUACGACGAUUACGACGACGAUAACGGCGAUCAACAAGUCCUACCGCUUUCUUCUCCGCCGCCCGGCCAUAAGCUUCUUACCCACCAUUACGACUCUCUUGCUGAGCUUACCGGCGACCUGCAUAACUGGGGGGCAGGGGGGCACGCGCCGGGGGGGCACAGGGAAGGGCGCGCAGGAGGGCACAGGGGAGGGCGCAUAGGAGGGAGAGUCAAGUCACAUGACUGA